UUUAUGUAAAUUUUGUAAUAUUAUACAUAGAAAUAAUUAAAAACAUUAUGUAUAUUUUUAUUUUAAAAUUAUUGUUAAUAUUUUAUAUAUAUUAAUAUUAUUUUUUAUUUAUUUGAAGGAUCCAAAUCCGGAUCCGGAUAUCCGCCGGAUAUUAUAAUUUUUAGAAGGAUAUCCGACACCCGGAUAUCCGCGAACCCCGGAUCUGGAUAAGAAUAGUAAAAUUAUGGAUCCGCCGGAUAAGGAUCCGGAUCCGGAUAUCUUAAAAUUGCCCGAAUACCCGAUCCGUCCCAGGCCUACUAGUUACUACAUAAUUAAAGUAUAAAAAUUCAAAUGUUAUAAAACUGAGAGAAAAAAAAUAGUAGUAGCCACCUAAGGCAUUUAUUUAUUUUAAAAAUGAAAAAAAAAAGAAGAAAUAACAAUAAAUUGAAGAAAUGUCACUUUAAAAGAUGCUCUUUCCCUCCUCACAACCUCCCAUGAGCUCUUUUCAGUUCUCUCAGUCCCCCCUUGAAUUAAGUAACCACACAAAGAGAGAGAGAGAAAGAAUUCAGUUUUUUUCAGACACAUUUACACAAUUACAUACACAGUUAAUGGAUUUGCAUGAACCUGAAACAAGAACACAAGUCAUGUCUUAUGAUGAUGAUUACAUAGACAUGGAGAUCAAUCUCUCUUCUUCUUCUACUUCUCACUCCUCAAGCUUCAUCAGCUUCAACGUCACCUCCUCGCCACCGCAAAGCAUAGAGUUCGAGUUCCAAAUGUGCCCCUCCGCCGUAGCUUCCGGAGAAUCCACCACGUGUCCCGCCGACGAUCUCUUCUACAAAGGCCAACUCCUCCCUCUCCACCUCCCUCCUCGUCUCCAAAUGGUCCAAAAGCUUCUCGCAUCCUCCUCCUCCUCCACCGCCGCAAAAGAUACUCCGAUUUCCCCACGCGCCGCCGCAUUUUUGCCAGGGAGAUUCAGAAGCAGCGAGAUCGAAGUAAGAGGCCAAGACGAGCUCAACGAGAAUCUUGGAAAGAGCAAAAAGAUUAAACAGUCAUCGAUAACUCAGAAGCUCAAGGCCUCACGUGCUUACAUAAGAUCUCUCUUCUCAAGACAAGGAUGCUCAGAUUCAUCAGAGAUCGGCAUCAAGAACUCUAAAUCCUCGAAAAACAAGAACCCACUAGGGAAACAAGAAUCCUCAAAUCCUCCAUUGAGUCACAGGAGUUCGUUCUCUGGUGUAAUACAGAGACAUUCUCCAGCAAAGUGUUCUUCCUUGUCUUCUUCCUCGAGGUCGUCGCUUUCGUCUUCGUUCAGUUUUGGAUCAAACGGGUCUUUGGAUCUACAGACGCUGAUGAGAAGCAGCAACGCGAGCUCGGAGGUUGACAACUCCAUUGAAGGAGCUAUUAAGCAUUGUAAGCAGUCGUUUACCACGAGGAAGAGCAAUGUGGCUGAAUCUGAGUUCUCUUCUUCAAGAACAUCUGUUUCUACUUGCGGUGACAUUGAGAAAUGAUGAGAUUCUAAUUUUUUUUUUUUUUUAUUUAGAUGAUUAUUUGUGCUUUUUUUUUUGUAGAAGUUUGGUAAAUUUGAGGUUCUUUCUGUGUUAAUGCUAUAAAAUUACUAAGUAGUUUUCCUGCCGAUAUAUUAUGUAAUGGAUAAAUAUGAAAAUGAAUAGUUACAGUUACCAGAUUUAAAAAAAAAAAACAUUUUAUUCAGAGAAGGCAUUUGAAUUUAUAUGAUGUAAUCUGUUUUGACUUUUUCUUAGUAUGGAUUUUAUUCCGUCAA